CUGACCAGCCCGAGGGCCCAUUAGGGGAUGCAGUUAUGGGCGCUGUCGCCGUGGCAAUUACAGUUCGUCUUUCAAGUUUUACUUUGGAGUCUGGGCUACUGUAGUCCUCAAACCAGAUUUGCUAGUGCUGUCUUCACUACUGAAGAUUUCUUCAUUCUUUACCUUUCUCUUUUUCACCGGAACUUGUGUGCUUCAUUCUUAUGUACCUACCUUUGCACCUAAUCAUCCUUAAUGCCUCAGAUUGUUAUUUUGUGUCAGUAAGUAAUCCAUAAAGUGCCAACAUGGGAAAGAAACGGACAAAGGGAAAAACUGUUCCAAUUGAUGAUUCUUCUGAAUCUUUAGAACCUAUGUGCAGACACAUUAGAAAAGGAUUGGAACAAGGUACUUUGAAAAAGGCUUUAGUGAAUGUGGAAUGGAACAUUUGCCAAGAUUGUAAGACAGACAAUAAAGUAAAAGAUAAAUCUGAAGAAGAAACAGAAGAAAAUCCUUCAGUUUGGCUGUGUCUUAAAUGUGGCCAUCAGGGCUGCGGCAGAAAUUCUCAGGAGCAGCAUGCCUUGAAGCACUAUAUGACGCCGAGAUCUGAACCUCAUUGUCUGGUUCUUAGUUUGGACAACUGGAGUGUAUGGUGUUACCUAUGUGAUGAUGAGGUCCAGUAUUGUAAUUCAAACCGAUUGGGUCAGGUGGUUGAUUAUGUUAGAAAACAAGCCAGUAUUACAGCUCCAAAAUCAGCAGCAAAACAUAGUGGUAAUAUUGAACUUGAAAAUAAAAAACUAGAAAAGGAGAGUAAAAAUGAGCAAGAGAGAGAAAAAAAGGAAAACGUGGCUAAAGAAAAUCCUUCCAUGAAUUCUACUUCCCAAAUAACUGUGAAAGGACUCAGUAAUUUGGGAAAUACCUGUUUCUUCAAUGCAGUUAUGCAGAAUUUGUCACAAACACCCGUGCUUAGAGAACUACUAAAAGAAGUAAAAAUGUCUGGAACAAUUGUAAAAAUUGAACCACCUGAUUUGGCAUUAACAGAACCCUUAGAAAUAAACCUUGAGCCUCCAGGCCCUCUUACUUUAGCCAUGAGCCAGUUUCUUAAUGAGAUGCAAGAGACCAAAAAGGGAAUCGUGACACCUAGAGAACUCUUUUCUCAGGUCUGUAAAAAAGCAGUGCGAUUUAAAGGCUAUCAGCAGCAAGACAGCCAGGAGCUGCUUCGCUAUUUAUUGGAUGGAAUGAGAGCAGAAGAACAUCAAAGAGUGAGUAAAGGAAUUCUUAAAGCAUUUGGUAAUUCUACUGAAAAACUGGAUGAAGAACUAAAAAAUAAAGUUAAAGAUUAUGAAAAGAAAAAAUCAGUACCAAGUUUUGUGGACCGAGUAUUUGGUGGUGAACUAACUAGUACAAUCAUGUGUGAUGAGUGCAGAACUGUCUCCUUGGUUCAUGAAUCGUUCCUUGAUUUGUCUCUACCGGUUUUAGAUGAUCAGAGUGGUAAGAAAAGUAUAAAUGAUAAAAAUCUGAAAAAGACCAUGGAUGAUGAAGAUAAAGAAAGUGAGGAAGAAAAAGAUAAUGACAGUUAUAUAAAGGAGAGAAAUGAUAUUCCUUCAGGAACAAGUAAGCACUUACAGAAAAAAGCAAAGAAGCAAGCCAAAAAGCAAGCCAAGAACCAACGAAGGCAACAAAAAAUUCAAGGAAAAGUUCUUCAUUUAAAUGACGUCUGUGCCAUUGACCAUCCUGAAGAUAAUGAAUGUGAAGUUGAAAUGUCACUUCAGCGAGAAGUGGAUAUUAAAUCCAACCAUAUUUCACAAGAGGAAGUUAUACAUAAAGAAUAUUGUGUUAAUCAGAAAGAUUUGAAUGGCCAUGAAAAAAUGAUAGAAAGUAUAACUGACAAUCAAAAAUCCACAGAGGAAGUAGAUACGAAAAAUGUCAACAUGGAUAAUGAUCUGAAGGUUUUGGCCUCUCGUGCUGAAUGUACUAGGGACUUAAAUGGUGCCUACAUGAAGGAAGGGAGCAGUGGAGAAGUGGACAUUUCCAGUGGAUUUAAGAACCUUAACUUGAAUGCUGCUCUUCAACCUGACGAAAUAAAUUUAGAGAUUCUGAAUGACGCUCAUACUCCCGGGACGAAGGUAUAUGAGGUUGUAAACGAAGAUCCAGAAACUGCUUUCUGUACUCUUGCAAACAGGGAAGCUUUCAGUACUGAUGAAUGUUCAAUCCAACAUUGUUUGUAUCAGUUCACCCGAAAUGAGAAACUUCGAGAUGCUAAUAAACUGCUUUGUGAAGUGUGCACACGGAGACAGUAUAGUGGACCAAAGGCAAAUAUAAAAGGUGAAAAGCAGCAUGUUUACACCAAUGCCAAGAAGCAGAUGCUCAUUUCCCUUGCUCCUCCUGUUCUCACUCUUCACUUAAAGAGAUUUCAGCAGGCUGGUUUUAACCUACGCAAAGUUAACAGACACAUAAAAUUUCCAGAAAUCUUAGAUUUGGCUCCUUUUUGUACCCUUAAAUGUAAGAAUGUUGCUGAAGAAAAUACAAGGGUACUAUAUUCCUUAUAUGGAGUCGUUGAACACAGUGGUACCAUGAGGUCAGGGCAUUACACUGCCUAUGCCAAGGCAAGAUCUGCAAACAGUCAUCUUUCUAAUCUUGUUCUCCACGGUGAUAUUCUACAGGAUUUUGAAAUGGAAUCAACCAAAGGACAGUGGUUUCACAUCAGCGACACACAUGUGCAAGCUGUGCCUACAACUAAAGUACUAAAUUCACAGGCUUACCUCCUAUUUUAUGAGAGAAUACUGUAACAAUUUCAAGAAGUGCUUUCUCUGGAAACAUGUUUAUGGCUUUUAUAAUGGCUGUAAUAAUAAAAAAGUAAAGACUAA